GUCUGACUGAUUGUGUUCUCUGUUCAGGAGAUGCUGGUGACCCUGGGCCAAUAGGGGAGGAAUCUUGCAAAUGUAACUGUCAUGAACACAAGGGCCAUGGUCAUAAUAUCCAGGUUGCACAGCUCACAGCAUAAAGAAGAGAGUACACAAAAACAAGCAUUAGGCAUCAUGAAGCGCGCCCUAACGAUAUUACAGAUUUUUGCCAUAAGUCAAUUUGGAUGUGGGGGUCGAGAAUUUCAGAAAAACUUACUAAAGCGAACACCCAAAGGCAAUCAUUGGGGAGACAUCCGUGCAAGGCUGGAGGUAGCUAUAACAAAGGUGAUAGAUCUGUAUAACCAACAGCAGCACUUAAUGCCAGUUGACAGUGACUACACCAGUGAUAAUGAAGAUACUCCUGCGUGCCAAGCUAACCUAGAAUUAACACAAGCCAUCAGAAAAGAACUUGCAAUGGCUUUGAAAGAUCUUUUACAACAUGGUCUCAUGGAGGUGGGUCAAAGUACUGCCUUGGUGCCAUUUGGUUGCUUCUCUAACAGGUCAGCUAGGACAGCCAAAGCCAACACUAUGAUGCAUGCAUGGGACCUCAUUGAGAAAUACUAUGAUAUGAAAAAAGGCAAGCAAUACAAUGAGUCUCCUGCUAGAAAGUUAUCCAUGUCCUUUGCAUUGGACAUGGUAGGUGGACAAGCUGUCACAACAAAACAGACAUUACUUGGUGCCAUAGGUACAAUAAUAAAUUCCCAUGAGCCAUUAAAGAGAAGUCAGGACUCAAAGUUCAAGGCAUUUGUUUGUCUUGGACUCAAUGAGAAGAAACUAGUCAGCUGGUUGCGUCUUAUAGUGCGUACACAAAGCCUUAUAGAUUACUACUAUCAGUCAUGGAGCUAUGUCAGUAGAACAGGGGGAGAGGACAUCUGGCAAUCCCUUGACAAACUAAAGGAACUCAACUUCAAUCUUCCAAUGGACCUUGCAGUGCGCCAGUUCUCUAAUAUAAAAGAUGCCUUCUAA